AUGGAGAACUGUGCAAUGGAGGCUGCUGCACAUAUUUGCCAGGAUAAAUCUGGUGAAGGGGUGUUGAAUCUUUUGAAAAGACAUAAUAUCACAAAGUUUCUGAAGCUCAUGUCUGUUGUUGUGGUGGAGUCAUGGCCCAAAGUCAAUGGAGAGUACAUUCAAGGCGAAGACUCAAUAUUUGAGUAUCUUAUGAACUGGCCCAUGGCCAAAACUAUCUUCCAGUUGGCAGGUGCUAGAGAGGGAUUGGUUGAAUCAUUUUCAGAUGAAGCACAAACCAUGAUAGCUUUGGGGGCUUCAGCAUUCAAAUCUGUAUCAGAAAAGUUCCUCAAUGGAGACAUUCAGUUUAAAGCUCUACUUCACAUUUUCCAGAGAAAACGUGAAUUUCUUGAUUUGCUGAAGACAGAUGGUCUAUGUGAUGAUGGUCGCUGCAAAGAUGAGCAAAACAUGAAAACAUUACUAAGACUGAGGGAAGAAGAAGCAGCGGCAGUGAAUACUGAAAAGGAGCGGGUCAAAAGUCUUCUGCAAAUGUGCCAGGACGUUCCAGAGCAUGUGAAAGUUGAUUUCAAUGGAUUGGACAAAAAGCUUGAUCAGAACACAGAUACAAUGAAACUGAAUGAAUUUAUGAAGGUCCGCACUCUCGAUGGACUGAUCUCUCCUACAUCCGUAAAUGUCACUUAUUUCAAUCUGUGUGAUACAACCUGCCAAAUGGCUUCAGAACUGAAUGCCAUCAAAGACAGCAUGAUCUUCAGAACAUGCUGGAAAAACCAAGUGGAGGAGCUAUCAAGAGACCAAUCGGAUACAGAUAACACUGAUAGAAAUGAAGAAAUCUAUACCCUUGACCAGGUCUACAACAAAAUAUUUCAGAGCUGCUACAACAAUUACAAAAAGCUUUAUGAUAGUCUAAAGAGUGGAGAACUUCUAUUGGAAGAAAUUGACAACAUCUUUGAAGGCUAUAAAGGAAAGUGUGAAAACUUGAAAAAGGACUUAGAUAUCAUGUGCAGAGUAGACACAUCUGAUAACAGAACAUGGAUCAAAGAAAGGGUUAACCAAAUUCAGCAAUACCAGGAUGUUCAUCUAGCAGUUGAAUCUUCCAAAAUCAUUGAGGACAUCAAAAGCAUGCUAUGUCCAGAAGGGGACUUCAGUGUACUGGAGAGGUUGCUGCAAAUGAAUGACUCCAGCUUCAAGAAAAACAACCUGAACUGCAUUGAUGAUGCUUUCAUAAAUGCAAAAAAUAUUCUUAAAGGCAUUACAGACAGUCGCAAGGAAUGUCUUCAAAAAUUCCUCCAGAGUAAAGAUUUUAUCCAGUGGAUUAAAAAAGAACUUAAAGACAUCAAUGAGCUGAAAGUGUUUGUUGACCUGGCAUCAAUCUCUGCUGGAGAAAAUGAUAUGGAUGUCGAUCGAGUGGCCUGUCUUCAUGAUGCUGUUCUUGGUUACUCAUCCAUGCUGUAUGAUCUGAAGCAGGAUUCUGAUUUUGCGAAGUUCAAUGAAUCGUUAAAAAAAUUGUGGAAGGCACUUGAUAAUGACCAUAAUAUACCAAAAAAGCUGCGGGAUACUUCACGCCACCUGGACUGGUUAACAACUGUUAGAGAAAGCCAUGGAUCUGUUGAAUUUUCAUCUCUGUCUCUGGCUACAUCCAUCAAUGAAAGGGGAAUAUAUUUUAUCAAGGCACAAAACCAGAAAAAGAUUGCUUUGGAGAAUUCACUGACCAUGCAAAUUGAGGAUGGACAUGCAAACAUGACAUAUACCUAUGAGGACCUCAAAGAGCUGCAAAAUAAGCUUAUGCUGAUGUCUGGAAAAAAACAACAGAACCAGAGCGAAGUGGAGCGCUUCACUGAGAUGUUUGACAACAUCCAAAGAUUCGCCAAAGCAUUUGUAGACAUUUACACUGCAGGGAACCCAAUUUUUAGGUGUUGGGAAGCUAAGAUUUAUUGCAAAACUCAGAGUGACCCAUGUAUCAUUAUGGAAAUCAAGUUUUGCAAAACCCAGUAUUGCUUCAAAGUAACUGGAAGUUUACCUGAACAGCUUGUAGCUCUGUCCAAGAAGAUGGAAAUGUUUCUUGGAGCCUGGCAAAACUUCAUGGACACACAGAGAUUUAACCACUACUACUUGAACUAUUUCACAGCACAACAAAUAUUCUACUUGUGCAGCGUUUUGACUCCAACAAAUAUAAAUACAGAAAUAGAAGACAGAGCACUGAUGAUGCUUUCUUUUAUCAAACCAAACUGCACAACAUUAGAUGUCCAGAGUAUUUGGAGAAGGUUUUAUAACCAAUAUGGCAAAAGGGAUAAUGAACACAGGGAUUCAUCUUCACACAGUGUUAUUCAUUUUGCACAUGAAAGUGACGCAGCAGAUGAGGCAGACCAGACUCUUGUUUUGAAAGAAUUGGAGGAGUUGUGGAAUGGCUACAUGAAGAAUGAGGAAAUAUUUUUUCAUGACCUACUAGACAUUAGGAGUUUAGGACGUCUCUUACAAUUGAUGACAGAAAACCGAAAUCAGAAUGAGUGGGAAGCGGAACCAGAACUCUCAGAGAUGAGAGACUGUUCACUCAGAAGGGAGUUUCCAAAAGGCCUAAACUCAAAACAACCUAAUCUCAUAAUCUGCCCACAUGAUGAGGUCCUGACAUCAAGUAUCUGCUUGUACAUGACCAGUGACUUUGAGCCAUUGCCAACUUAUGAUGAAGUGCUCUUGUGUUCCCCUUCAACAUCUUAUGAACAAGUAGAGCUUUUUCUGAGAAGAUGUCUCACACCAGGUGACACUGGCAGAAAUAUUUACUCGAUGCUCUGGGCAGACCAACUUUCCUAUGAUGUUAGCUGUGCAAUGGAGAAAUGUUUUCAGAAAUUGUGCUCCCCUAAAAAUGAUUACAGACUAGUGAUCUUUUGCAGCUCUGACAGGGAGCAUACUUACAUUCCUACUGCAUUCAGUCAGUACAAAACAGACUUCGUGCCACAGGAGCCACUGGAAAAGAUCCAACAGUAUUUGUCCAGGCAUUACACAGUUACUUCAGAUUACAAGAAUGCUGUGUUCAAAGGUGGACAUUCUUUGGGUAUUGUUGCUUCCAGUCGGGCAGGAGUAGGCAAGUCACUGUAUGUCCAAAGACUGUAUGAAAAGCUAAAGAAAUGUGCCACACAAGGAAUGCCAUUUAAGAAGUGCAUCAGGCUAACUGAACAUGAAGUUGACGACCACAAGAUUCUCCAGUUUUUAUAUGACACACCAAAACAAAAAGAUAUUAAGGUGUUUCACUUUGAUGUCACAUCUUCAGUGCAAAAGGGCCUGAAUGAAUUCAUAUUCAAGCUUUUCUUUUUGCGGUACCUGAUGGAUUCAAAUGGACAGAUGUGGCAAUGCAGCCAGAACCACUUAUAUGUUAUUGAGUUACUGGAGUCCACAAAUGAUCAGAACAGAUGUGCCACCAGAUCAGGACGAAAGGAAAACUUUGCAUUCUCAGAUGUUUUCCCAAAGGUGUUUUGCCACCCACCAAAAAAGGUUAUGGCUUUGGAAAUGCAAAAAGAAGAAAAUCCAGACAUGGACUGUGGUGGCCCCCUGAUGGAUGAUGAAUGUUUCAGAAGUGAAGCUUAUCAAAGGCCAUACCAGUACCUCACACAUUUUCACAAUAAGGACAAUCUUGACAACUUCACGUUCCAGGGUACUGAAGGGACUCAUGCAAAGUGUCUUCAGAUACUCUUAAUCUAUUGUGGUAUAAUCGAUCCAUCAUGGGCAGAGCUGCGUAACUUUGUGUGGUUCCUUAAUCUUCAGUUGAAAGACUGUGAGAAUUCGGAUUUCUGCAAAUUUGAGUUGGUUGGAGACACUCUUUGUGGGUUCAAAAACUUUGUGGUUGAGUUCAUGAUCUUGAUGUCCAAAGACUUUGCAACACCAUCACUAUGCAUCACUGACCAGAGCCCAGGGAAGCAACAAGUUGACAUCAGUGGACUAAAAGAAAAAGAUUUAGCCCCAUUCCUCAUUAGAAAAAGGUGGGAAUCAGAGCCACAUCCAUACAUCUUUUUUAAUGAUGACCACAUGUCCAUGACAUUCAUUGGAUUUCACCUUAAGCCCAAUAACCAGAAAGGGUUUGAUGCGGUAAAUCCUUUGACAAAAGAAGUGAUUAAGAAAAACAUCAUGACUCGACGGCUGUACAAUGGCUUAAAACUUCAGAGAGUUCCUUUUAAUACAGACUUUGAUCAGUUUCCUAGAGCUGACAAGAUUGAGCAUCUGUGCAGUGUGCUUGGCGUCAAGUGGCCAACAGAUCCUGAUGAAACAUAUGAACUGACCACUGACAAUAUCCUCAAAAUGAUGGCAAUUCAUAUGAGAUUCAGGUGUGGCAUUCCUGUCAUCAUAAUGGGGGAGACAGGAUGCGGUAAAACAAGGCUGAUAAAAUUUAUGUGUGAACUAAGAAGAUGUGGAGCACCAGCAGAAAACAUGAAACUGGUCAAAGUUCAUGGAGGAACUACGUCAGAAAUGAUUUAUGAGAAAGUGAAGGAAGCUGAAACUCUUGCAAGGACCAAUAAAGAAAAUCAUGAUCUUGACUCAAUUCUUUUCUUUGAUGAGGCAAACACCACAGAAGCCGUUAAUAGCAUCAAGGAGAUCCUCUGUGACAACUCAGUGCAGGGAGAAGAACUUGGCUCUAAUACAGGGCUAUAUAUUAUUGCAGCCUGCAACCCUUACAGAAAACAUACAGACCAGAUGAUCAAGCGGCUGGAAGCAUCAGGACUGGGUUACCGGGUUCGGGCUGAGGAGACUGAAGACAGACUUGGCUCCAUCCCUCUCCGCCAGCUUGUGUAUCGUGUUCAUGUGUUACCACCGAGCAUGAUACCUCUUGUUUGGGAUUUUGGACAACUCAAUGACUCAACAGAGCAAAUCUACAUUGAACAAAUAGUCCAAAGACAGGCGAAGGCCAGCGCGAUUGACAAAAACUAUAUCCCAACAAUAAUUAAAGUUUUAUCAUCAUCACAAAAGUUCAUGAGAGAGAGGAGAGAUGAAUGUAGCUUUGUCAGUUUGAGAGAUGUUGAACGUUGCAUGCAAGGAUUUCUGUGGUUUUACAACAAUCACCCAAUGUUUGCUGAAGAUCUAAAAGCCUUGUUUCAGCAGCAAUCACACAGACAAAAAAAACUACCUGCCAGUGACAGAGUACUCUGGUCACUCUUGAUGGCUACUGGAAUGUGCUAUCAGUCCUGUUUGGAGAGCAAAAACAAAUAUCUGAAAACUAUCAGCCAAAUUUUUCCCGAUGAGUAUACACCACAGAGAAUACUGCAGGAAAUGGAACUCAUGCAGGAUCUCCUACUCAAUGGUGUACCCAUGGGUGAGACGAUUGCCAGAAAUGAGGCUUUGAAAGAGAACUUUUUCAUGAUGGUGGUCUGCAUUGAACUGAGAAUUCCCCUGUUUAUUGUUGGGAAACCAGGAAGCUCCAAAUCACUGUCUAAAACUCUAGUUGCAAAUGCAAUGCAAGGUCCCACAUCACAUUCUGACCUCUACAAGAAGCUGAAGCAAAUACAUCUGGUGUCUUUCCAGUGUAGCCCCCAUUCAACUCCAGAAGGAAUCAUUAACACAUUUAAGCAAUGUGCCCGCUUUCAAGAAAGCAAAAACCUAGACGAAUAUAUUUCAGUAGUUGUUCUUGAUGAGAUUGGAUUGGCUGAGGAUUCACCAAAAAUGCCACUGAAAGCACUGCACCCAUUACUGGAAGAGGGUUGUGUUGAUGAUGAGCCAAAACCUCAUAAAAGGGUUGGGUUCAUUGGAAUUUCCAACUGGGCACUGGAUCCUGCCAAGAUGAAUCGUGGAAUUUUUGUGUCCCGUGGAGAUUUAAAUGAGCAAGAGCUCAUCAAAAGUGCCAGAGGAAUCUGUUCCUCUGAUCAACAUGUUCUUGAAAAGAUUAAUCGUCUCUUUGAGCCAUUUGCAACAGCAUAUAUGACAGUAUGCGAUGAAAGCAACGGAUUUUUUGGUCUGCGGGAUUUCUACAGUCUGAUAAAAAUGUUAUUUUCAAUUACCAAAACAUCUAAUGAACCUCCUAAAGCAGAUCAAAUCACAGAAGCAGUCCUGCGAAACUUCAGCGGAAAAAAUAAUGAUGAUGUAAUUGACAUAUUCAGCACAGAAGUCGGAACUGACUUUUCUAAUACUAAUAUCACAACUAUUGAUAUGGUUGAGAAAAGCAUUUGUCCAGCUUCCCAAAUGGAGGAAAGCCGGUAUCUUUUGCUACUCACAAAAAACUAUGCAGCUCUUCAGAUUCUUCAACAGAUAUUCUGCUCUCAUCAAAUCUGCCCAGAGAUAAUCUUUGGGUCAAGUUUCCCGAAAGAUCAGGAGUACACACAAAUUUGCAGAAACAUAAAUCGUGUCAAGGUGUGCAUGGAGACAGGACAGACAGUUGUGCUUCUCAACCUUCAAAAUCUUUAUGAAAGCCUGUACGAUGCUCUAAAUCAGUACUAUGUGACGCUCGGAGGUCAAAAAUACAUUGAUCUUGGUUUAGGAACACAUCGUGUGAAAUGCAGAGUUCACGAAAACUUCAAGCUCAUCGUCAUUGAAGAAAAGGAAGUGGUUUAUGAGCAGUUUCCAAUACCACUCAUUAACAGGUUGGAGAAACACUACCUUGACAUCAAAACUGUCCUCACAGAGGAACAGAAGGUUGUUGCCAGAGAACUGGAGAAAUGGGUCAAUAAAUUUGUCUCCUUAAGUAGUUACUCCUCAGAAAAGAAGUAUGAUCCAAGUGAUGUGUUCAUUGGCUACCACUCAGACACUUGUUCCUCUGUGGUCAUGCAAGUAACAGAGUGUGAGAGUACUGAGACUGAUGCUCAGGUCACUCUGAACAAAGCCAAAGACAUUCUGCUCAACUGUGCCACUCCGGACUCAGUUGUUCGUUUGGACAAAUCCAAACUGCCUAAUGCAGAACGAGAGCAUUUAAUGCAAGAAUACGUUAAAGAGGCAAGGCACAGUUCACUGGGAGACUACAUUGUGUAUCACAUCCAGCAGCCCCAGCAGUCACACUUCUUAUUCACUGAGGUUACAACCUUUUCCAGGUUACUCACUGCAACAGACACUCAACAGCUGCAGAACCAGAUACAGCUGGAUGCUGUACAGCUGCUAUCACUCCAGCAGUUUGAUACUGAGUACUCUUUCCUCAAGAAAAUCAGGCACACACUGUGGAGGAAAAUCCAAGCAGUUGUCACUCCACUUCUAGCCUACCUGGUCUCAGUAAUUGACCGAGAUUGCAAUAUGGACCUUCUCUUGGAUGAUGAAGAAGAUAUCAGGAAUCUCUGGCUUGAAAUUUUUGGGAACAAAGAGAUGCUCAGUGUGCCGUAUGUUUUGGAUGUCUAUGCAGCCAAGGCAUGUGUUGAAAGCCUGGAACCUUCUAACUUAGAGAAUGAUAUCCGCUGCCAGCACUGGCUGAGGAAGGUGAAGAAGGUGCAGGCUUCUUUGGAGUUGAUUUGCUCUCAAAAUAAUCUUCAACAAUAUGGUGAGCACUGCCGGAAAGUACUCCAUGAUUUCAGAGCAUCUAUCAAGAAAAAUGCAGGAUUCAGGCAACGUUGCAACAGUUUCUUUAUUGAUCUGCUCUCUACUAUGUGCUUCAAGGACAAUACACCUCCAGAUGGAGGUGUCAUCGCACACCUUUUUUCCUACCUGAUGACGGAGACAGAACAUAAACAGGUUCACACCAAAGUUUUAUCACCAUUUGAAGAGUCCCCAGAUAAAAACCCAGUUGUGCGAUCAGUAAUCCUCAAACUGCUACUGAAGUUCAGCUUUGAUGAGGUUCAGAAAUAUUUGCAGCAACAUUUUUCAUCUGUUGAAGAAAGCAGAUUUGUGGAUGAUGGGGACAGAGCAGAGCUCUAUGCUUUAUACAUCAACUGCUUGGAGGACUCCAUCUGGGAGAAAAUGCCUCAGGAGGGCAACAAAGCUGCAGAGUUACAAUGGUUUGAUAAUGAAACACAGUUCCUGCGCUUGUUUUUGGAAGAAGACACUUCUGCUGCAGCAACAGUCUGUAUUCAACACCUGCAACAUAUUGCCCGAUUGCGUGUGACGCUCACCAUGGCUGCACAGCUCAUCAGUGACAGACUGUCAGGCAACCAUGUCCCAGACGGAGCAGAAGAUUUUCUAAACAUGGUGAAAAAGCUCUGUGAGGACAGUGGAAAUGACUGGUAUCGUGUUUACCUCAUCCGCAAGCUCAGCGAAUCACAGGGUGUGGAGUACGUCCAGACAAUGAUGAAAAAACCUGAGUUCUUCUGGAUUUUCCCUGAAGAGAUACAUCAGCAGGUGAUCCGGAUCUGCCUCCUCCACGCGGCCCAGCUUGAAACGACCCCUAAGUGCGUUCUGAUCUGCCACCCAGACAAGGUCCCCAACAGAAACAUUUCUCGCCGGGGCAUGCCAUUUUUGCCGAACAAACAGGUGCGGCCCGGCCAACUGACUCCAGCGUCUCCAAAACUUGUCCACUUCCACCUGGACUGCACCUGCCUCUGCUGCUCCAUUCCGGUGUGGGGAGUCCGCUGGACUAAACUCCCACAUCCAGUCAGACCCAACUACGGCUGCCUUUCUUUGGAUCUCGUCUUUGUCGAUACCCGCAAGGAAAUCAUAGAGCUCCUUCAGCGCAGGUUUAGCUCCCACGAAAUUGGUCCCCUGGUCAGACCAGAGUUUCUUGGGGUGACCCCUCAGGGCAGUAAACCGCUGCUGGUUGGGCAACAUGAUGGUUUCUGGUUCGGCAGGAACAGCACCUUGCCUCCCACUAAAGCCAGACCGCACCCAAGGCUUGAGGUAAAACCCACCAUGCUUGAGAAUGGUUUCAACCCCCUCAAGGAUCUCGCUCAGUCUCUCAAGGUCGUUGUGGGACACAAGGAUGUCAUCCACGGAAUGCCUCCACAAGAAGCGGUGAACAUGCACCUCUUGAUCCUCCAGCCAUACAGAGUUAUACAUUUUGGAGACAUCCCCUAUUGCCGCAUGCUCUCCCUCCCGGAAAUGGAGCAGCACUGCCCUAAUGGGAUUCAGGACAUCUGGGCCUUUCAUCAAGAUGCUGUUCAAACUAACACCUCUGUACACCUGGCUGCUGUCCCAAACGAGCCUCACCGGCGUGGUGUUGGAGUGUGGUGUCAAAAGAAUGAAGAUGGAGGCCUGAUGGACCAGUAUCUUGUGUAUGGAGAGGAGUACAAGUCCGUGCGAGAAGCAGUUGCCAAGGCAGUAGUGGACGGUGAUGUCGAGCAGAUAGAAGAAGUCUGUGAGCAAUGUAAUGGAUUUGAUGACCUCAUUAACGGCUCAAGAUACCUGCCCCAAAGAGAAGUAAGAAACUUUGCGUCAGCAUUGAUUUAUAACAGACUGGGAGCUCUUACCAUCCAACCUGGUAAUACCAUUGAGGAAAACACUGUUAUCGAGCUGAUCAUUCAUCUGGCAGCUGUGCUGCUCACAGGGAGUCACCCUCUGCUGAUGCCACUGAAAAACAUUGGCCUGUCUCCUGAAAAUAUGCAGUGCGGCCGGCCCAUAGAGAGAGGCCGAUGUCUGGAGUGUGGUGAAGAAGUUGGAGGAGAACAUUACGCAGUCGUGCCUGGAUUCACAAAAGUUCAGUUGCAUGAGGAUCAAACACGUCCCGGUCACAUUCUGGGAGACCCUGAACGGAGAAACAACCCAGAUGCUUUAGACACCAAACACAUGUCUCUGACUCCCUUUACUCUGGUCAGGUUGGUUACACAUUUGGCCAUGAUGCUGGGAGCCUCAGAGAAACCUGAGGUUGUCCAACAGAUAAUCCAGCCACCUGUGGAGGAUGUCAGUUUGUUUCUCAGGUUGCACAUAACAAAGGAUCUUGAGCAUCUGUCCCAGGCACUGGGAAAAGGAGCUGACGACAACGAUCUUGACCAACUCCUACAAGAGGCAAAGGGAACCAUCAGAAAUGACUCCCGUGUAUCUUCCAACUUCAUCAUAAGAACAAUCCACGGUGAGGACUUUAACUUCCUCACCCCACUGCAACAUUGCUCUGAGGUCGACAGCUCAGCAGUGUGGAGCUGCAGGGAGAGGCUGUUGUUGCUCAGCCUCACACACAUUAUGGAGACGAAUAAUCAAAAGGAGGAGCUCCCCCUGCUCUGGAGGUUCCUGCAGAAGGAGAGAGAAUUUCGGCUUAUCAAAUUCCUCCCAGAAAUCCUAAACCUGCAGAAACGUUUGGUGAGAAAGUACCAAAAUGCAACUGAAGAUAUUGUGGGCUCCAUCAGAGAAUUCAUUGAUCAGCAAACAGACAUGAGCCCAUGGUAUCAAAAACACAUUGAGACCUUCUUGAAAACAUGGAAUCAGCUAAGAGUUUCUGUCACCAGCAAUGAAAUAAAAAUUCCAGAAGAAUUUUGCAGCAGGGAUUUGGACCUGGACAGUGACCUCAGGUACCUCCUGCCCCGUCGGCAGGGUCCAGGCCUGUGUGCCACAGGGCUGGUCAGCUAUCUGGUGACUCUCCACAAUGAGUUGGUGAAUGCAGUGGACCGUCACACACGAGAGGACAGCAGUGACUACACAGUGAGUCUGAUGGAGCUAAUGGAGCAGCAUGUGAUCAGCUAUGAUGUGGAGAAGGAUCUGCUUCCUCUGGUUUUGUCCAACUGCCAGUACAGCUUGGAACGUGGCCACGAGACAAUAUCUGAGUAUGACCUGCCCAGGAUCCAACAGCAGAUCCUCACCCGCUUUCUGCAGGGAAAACCUCUCAUUACCCGCGCAGGAAUUCCCACGCUGGUCAAUAUGCAAGAGAGAGACUAUGAGACCAUUUUCAAAACUGUUCAUGGAAAAGUGCCACAGAGUGUUCUGACAUCUAUGGCACAGAAUACUGUGUCGAGACAGCUGGACUCUUACAGCGAGGUGUGUGAAGCACUGAAGAUUGUGGAGCUGCUUCUGGGUUAUCUCUCAAUGACUGGUGGUGAUCCCAAAAUGAAACUGGUCACUUACCUUCAGGAAAUACUAAAGAUGGACCAAAACAUUAAUCAGCACAUACUGAAGGCUUUUGGCAAAUGUCACCUCAGACACUGUGUUUGUCUGUGGCAAGUCCUGUCCUCUCUCAGAUCUGAAAAAAUGCUGCAACUGAAAAGGGAGCCCUUUUCGGGGUAUCCAGCCGAGUACCAGGUGCCACUGACUGAGGAAAACAAGACUGAGCUGAAAGGAUUCAUGUCCAGAGGAAACAUGGACCAGUGGCUGCUUGAGAUGCAUGAGUUCCUCUUGUUGCGCCUGGGCCGCCUACGGGCAACUGAGGACUACAAUCCAUCAUGGAGUCUGAAGGAGGCGGUCAGUGCCUACAUGGAUCGUAAAGAAGUAGAAGUCCCUACUUACGUGGAGGAAAACCUCUCUGAAAAGGUGAAGCUGUCUCAGAUAAUUGAGACCUGGAAAUACACCAUCACAGCCAAACAGGAGUUGAUGAAUGAGUGAUCAACUGAAUGAGUGCAUAGAGAGAUAUUAGUUAUCUAAAGAAGUAAACAAAGGUAUUUUUUCUGCAUUUAUUGAUGUAAUAAUCAUAGGACGUGUUGUGCUGUUAAUUUGUUUUUGGAAUUAUUUUACAAAUUCAAUUCAACAACCAAAAACUAUAUUUACAUUUUAAUAUUUUAUUUUUCAUUUUAUUUUACUUCUCUUGCGAAUGGUUUGAAUUUUAAAAAGAAGAGUAAUAUUAUCAUGCUGCAAGGAGUGAAUAAUAUUUCUCCAUUUAAUAAGAAAUUAAAGCAAUAGGUGAUUGAUACGCAUAGAAAAAAGCAAAAUCGUGUAAUCCAAUGUAAAUGUGCGUGGUUCGUUCAUAAAUAUGCAAGGGAAUGGUAUACUGAGCAUUUUCUACUUUUUCAUUCAUAUAAAAUUUUUCUUAUAUUUUUUAAUUCUCUAAGUUUUUAUUUGCAUUUGUGUAAAAGUUGAGAUUUGCUAAUUUUUUAUGUUUUUUUUUUUUUUCAUUUAAUAGCUUGAGUUAUCAGAUUUCUAUGACGUGUGUUGAACCGCCUCGAGGCGACUUUUGUUGUGAUUUGGCGCUAUAUAAAUAAAAUUGAAUUAAAUCGAAUUGAAUUGAACCAGAGAUCUUAGUUUAUCAUUUAACUUUAAGUCAUACUACUUUUUUGAACUCUUUUAUUUGUUUAUGGUCUUGUUGAUGUUUGUCUUGAUUCGUUUAUAAUAAAGAUUAGAAAUUACCUUUAACCUCUGUGAAUACAAUGAAACAGCAAAGCAGAAUAAACUCAAGCACAUCCUCAGUGAGCUGCUCAUGUAUUCACUGUGAGAGUAUAUACAGUAUGACUGCUUUGAUAUAUUUUAUAUAUCAUUUUUACAUGAUUAUGUUUUUGUUUUAAGGUGAAAUCUUUUAGGGUGAAGUAACAACAGGAUAGAUUGAUAAACUAGUACGAAAACUGCACAUUUUCCAUUUUUUCUUACAUGUUAAAAAAUUAUAAAUGUUCAUUUGCAUAAAAGUGACUUGAAUACGUUCAUUUAAACAAAACAUUUGAUUUGCAGUAAUGAGAUCAUUUCUAUUUAUCUGUGGCGGAAAGUUUUUUUUGUUUUGUUUUUUUUAUUUUUGUGUGUUAAGCAACUUCAUCAAACAUGAAGUAUGUAAGGAGAUAAACUGGAUGAGUUUAUCAUUUUUAUUUUUUGUCUUUAUAAACCAACAGGUUUUACUCUUCUAUGUUUGUAUUAUUUUUUUUAAUUUUUCAUUCCUUUACUGAGAAAAUUGAUGAUGAUUCAUUGUUUUUAUGGUUUGUUUUAGCAUUAUUCUUGCAUUUAUUUUACAGCUAAAGAACAAAUUAUGAUUUAAACAUAAACUAGUAAAGAAAUUAAAGAUUGAUAGUUUUAUUUUUACAUUUUACUAACAGUGUCAAAUACUUUUUGUUUGCAUCAAUAUAAAAAGUCAAUAUUUUACAUUUUAUCUGUUUUCUCUAAUACUUGGAUUUGAAAAUUUAAAAAUAACACUGAGGCUCAACAAAAACAAUGAUACACAGCAAGGCAGAUAAAACAAGUGCAUUAUUUCUUCGAUAUGAGCCACCUGCUCAUGUGUUGCAUUUUGUCAAUCUAAAAAAGUUACUAAGAGUUAUUUAGAAAAUUCAGAAAUGCAUUGUUGAAUUUGACAAUCAUAUAGUGUGAAACUUUGUUGAUUUACCCUUUAUGUCGAAGGAUUAUGUACACAUUUCUUCUUUUUUUUCUGCUUUCUUUUUUUUUAUCAAGUAUAUUUUUACUAUUGACCAGCACUCAGAGACAAAAUUGUAUUUUUUCUUACAUAUAUCAAGUAUCCUGUAUUGAUUAUUUGUUGUGUAUCUGCUAAAAGAUUAAAGUACAUUGGAAAAUGUU